UGACACUGCAAUCAUGUCUGGUCGUGGCAAAGGUGGCAAAGGCCUUGGGAAGGGAGGCGCUAAGCGCCACCGCAAGGUGCUGCGCGACAACAUCCAGGGCAUCACUAAGCCCGCCAUCCGGCGCCUGGCGCGGCGCGGCGGCGUGAAGCGCAUCUCCGGGCUCAUCUACGAGGAGACGCGCGGGGUGCUCAAGGUCUUCCUGGAGAACGUGAUCCGGGACGCCGUCACUUACACGGAGCACGCCAAGCGCAAGACGGUCACGGCCAUGGACGUGGUCUACGCGCUCAAGCGCCAGGGCCGCACUCUCUACGGCUUUGGCGGCUGAGUGCCUUUCCACAAUCCUCAUUUCCUCCCCAAAGGCCCUUUUCAGGGCC